AUGACGUCGUCCGACGUACGAGACGUUCUCAACCUCCCCGAUAGCCACGCGGGGCCCCGGCCGGCCAAAAAACAAAAGACAUCCGCCCUGCGCCCGAACUUGAAAGGCCUCGCCCGCGAGGUGCAGAACCUGGGCGGUGACAACCCGAUUGCCAUCGUCCCCGAGGUGUCCAUCUUCAAGAAGCGGCGGUUCGCGAGCAGAAAGCCGGCGACCAAAUGGGAGCUCAAGCCCUUUACCAACUCGGCGCGGGGCGACAACGGGGCCUUGGUAUUGAAGCACUGGAAGCGGAAGACGCCUACGACGGAGGAGAGCGCGGCGCAGGGCGGGGAUGCGGAAAUGAAGGAUGCUGAGGGCGAGCAGGCGGCUUCGAAGCCCGAGAACUCCAUGUUUGCGAAAUUCAACGUCGAGGUGGAUGUGCCUCAGUACAGCGAGGACCAGUACCGGACGAACCUACAAAGCGACGACUGGACCAAGGAGGAGACGGAUUAUCUGCUGAGCCUGGUCAGGGACUUUGACCUGCGGUGGCCGAUAAUCUGGGACCGCUACGACUACGUGCCCGAGGCCAUCAACGGCGAGGCAUCGGCGGACGGGGACGAGAGUAAGGCCAUCAUUCCCGUGCCGAAGCCGCGGACGAUGGAGGAUCUCAAGGCGCGGUACUAUGAGGUUGCGGCGAAGAUGAUGGCGGUCCAGAAGCCCGUCCAGUACAUGACGCAGCCCGAGUACACACUUCACGAGCUCAUGGCCAACUUCAACGCGAACCAGGAGAAGCUGCGCAAGGAGUUCGCAAACAACGCGCUGACGCGAAGCAAAGAGGAGGCCAAAGAGGAGGAAUCGCUACUGCUGGAGAUCAAGCGCAUCCUCGCGCGUAGCGACCGCUUCAACGAGGAGCGCCGGGAGCUGUAUAACCGCUUGGACUACCCGCAUACAGACCAGGACAUCAGCGCGUUCAAGUCCAGCGCUGGGCUGCAGACGCUCCUGCAGAACCUGAUGAACGCCGAUAAGUCUAAGAAGCGUAAGUCUUUGAUGGCAGCCGACGGCGCCAGCCCCUCUACGCCCGCGGCUGGGCAACAAACAGCGGUGGCGGCGUCAGACAGCAACGCCAACCGUCGCGAGAGCAUCGCUGCUGCCGCGGCCACGGCGGCACCGCCAGAGAAGCCACACAAGGAACCCCCCAGCAGCGUCGCACAGACGCCGACAGCGCCGGCCGGAGGGAAGAAGGGCCAGCAGCAGCAGGAACGCCGCAAGCUCUCCGAGGCCGAGAUGCACGUCUACGGCGUCACACACCACGACCGCUUGUCCAGCGGACCGACGUUCCGAUAUGAGAAGAUCAACAAGCUGUUCACGCACAAGUCGAACCAGCAGCAGCUGCGCAUCAUGAACACGCUCAACGAGCUCGACAUACCGCCACGGCUCGUCAUGCCCACUGCACCCGUCACGUCACAGUACGAGCUCCUUCUCGGCGCAGUCAAUAGUCUGCUCGACGCGAGAAAGGUCACGGACAAGAUCGACGCCGAGAUCAAGCUCGAGCUGGCCAAGAAGGCGGAGCGCGAGAAGUCGAAGCAACCAGCGCCUGACCCGGCGGCUGAGAGCAAGGAGAAGGAGGGCGAGAGCGCGAGUCAGUCUACGGAGGAAAAGAAGGACAAGGCAGCCGACGGUGAGGCUAAUACCGAAGCCGCAGCCGCCGAGACAGCCAUGACGGACGAACCAAAGACCAACGGGGACGCGGCCGGAGCCGAGGCACCGGCGGCUACGAAUGGGGAAGGAGAGGCGGCUGUGCCGGCGGCGGCGACGGAGGAAGGGAAGGGUGAGGCGGACAAGGACAGGCCAGCGCGGCCGGGCAGUAGCGGGGCGUCACACAAACGGAGCGCGAGCGUCAUGAGCGCCGGCGGCGACGAUAAAAGUGCCAAGAGGCAGAAGAAGUGA